GUAGAUCCCCUUGUUUCUUAUAAAGCCCUGAUAAGGGACCACUGUUUGUAUUGAAUCCCAACUCUCCUCUCUUCUUUUUAAAAGUUCUCUGGUUUGCUUUCUGAAGAUCCUUUCUGUUUAGAUCACAUCCUUGCCUCUUCCAAGCUCUUUUCUUAGAAAUUUUUUUGUGACUUCCCAUAUAAAACAGUAACAGUCCAUCUUCUCUUCCCUACCUUGCUCGAACUCUCCCCUUCUACAAAGCUCUCAGCUUUUACUACCAUGGGUCUAGGUGGAACUAUAGAGUACUUCGCUGACUUAUUUGGCAGCAGCCACAAUCACAAGGAGAAGAAGAAACAGCUACAGACUGUGGAGCUCAAGGUGAGGAUGGACUGUGAGGGUUGUGAGCUCAAGGUCAAGAAGGUUCUCUCUUCCAUGAAAGGGGUUAAGUCUGUAGACAUAAACUUGAAGCAGCAGAAGGUAACUGUGACAGGGUAUGUGGAACCAAACAAAGUGUUGAAGAAGGUUCAGUCCACUGGGAAGAAGGCUGAGCUGUGGCCCUAUGUUCCCUACAACUUAGUUGUCGAACCCUAUGCCGCUCAGGCUUACGACAAGAAGGCACCUCCUGGGUAUGUGAGGAAUUCAGAGGGCGUCACUGUCGCUAGACAGGAAAGUAAGCAGGAGGAUCAGAUUACCGAUAUGUUCAAUGAUGAAAAUCCAAACGCUUGCUCUGUUAUGUGAAGAAGGUUAAGAAAAUGACUGCAUGCUUUUGUGUGUUGUUCUGAAGAGUUUUUUGAGCUUCUUGUUCUUAUGAGUUUGGUUGAGGAUUUAAAGGUUAAGGGCAGUGUUUAUGAAUAGCCUGUGAUAUGCUAUCAAAAGUUUGUUUUUUCAGUUUUUGGUUGGUGAAUCACUGCUUUCCUUUUA